GUAAACCAAUGUUUCGACGUAAUUUCGUCGUAAAUCGAAAAACACGGGCCUGGUAACUUCGUCGUAAAUUAAAAAACACGGGCCUGGUAACUUCGUCGUAAUGUUACGAGGAAGUUACGAGGAAACCGUUUUUAUAUAUAUGGGAGAAGUCUUUCAGACGAGCACUGCUCGUAUCUUCCUCCCUAACUCCUCUCCCCCUCUAAGGUAACUUUCUCUCUCUAUCUUUUUUUUUUUUUUUUAUAGUUUAGGUUGUUAGUUUAGGUGAUUAGUUUAGGGAAUUAGUUUAGGUGAUUAGUUAACGGAAUUAGUUUAGAAAAUUAUUUUAAACAAUUCGUUUAGGAUAUAUAUUAAUUUAAUUUUUUUAAAUUUUCUAGAUGGCUCCUAGACCGAGACCAGCAGCUCCUGCACCUACGUAUGCGGAUUUGUUUGGCGAUGGAUCUUCCUCUAGCGGUCCAUCGUCUUCUUCCGGGACAGUUCCAGACUCUCACACAUCUCGGAGAGUUCCUUCGACCCCUCCUCCUCUUCCAUCUCAGAUGCCUCCCCCACGAGCUCCACCUGUCGCCCCGGAUCAGCCUGCCCCACCGGCUGCAGUUCAUCCCGAUUUGCGGGUGCCAGCUCAUGCACCAUUCGCAAGAUACACCGUCGAGGAUUUGCUUGCCCAGCCCGGACGAGAGGGUUUACACGUUCUGGACCCCGAUAGACCCCCGGGUACUUAUUGGUUUGGGGCUAACAACCGUGUUAGCCGGAGCGUUUCAGAGACGAUGAAGGGAUAUUAUGACGGCCCUUAUCCCAACUGGACCAUGACUCCCGAUCACGUCAAGACGACGUGGUUUAAAUGUUUUGCGGUAAUUAUAUUUACAUAUUAUUAAUAUUUAUAUUGUUAAUUAAAUAAUUAUUAUUUUUUUUUCUAAUCUUUUAAAAUGUUUGUUUUUUCAGCAAAGGUGGAACUGGUCCGUAGGAAUCACCGAGAGGGUGAAGAGCGAAUUUAUUGCAAAGGCGAAAACUCGUCUUUGCAACACCGUCUCCGAUUGGAAGGACAAGUGGGAGAUUUACGGCUAUGAGGGGAAGCCGAGCGGGGUCACAAAGGAAGCAUGGGAUGGCCUCAUCACCUAUUGGAACGAACCCAGCUCCAUCCGCAAAGCCAACUCCUGCUCCGCUUCCC